AUAUAAUAGUACUGACGUGUUUGUUGUCAAAAAUCAUCUGACGGACCUACCGUCAAAAUACAGCUGGACUUUUAUACCACCGUUGUAUUGCGCGAUCAUACGUGUUACCCAAUGUAAAAUGUCGGCCCAGAAAACAUCGGAGACUGUUGCCAGCUUAAAUUUCCCAAGUUAUGCUAUCGUUGGAGUGUCUGGCCGCUACAUUUUGGUUGGCGGUGGAGGAGGAGCUGCCAAAACUGGAAUAAAAAAUCAGUUUGAUGUUUUUGAGCUUUAUCAUAAUGGAGUGCAAACUGUUGGUGAAAAAGUCCUUUCUCAUGAUGUUGGUGACUACUGUAUUACAAAUAUGGUUGGAUGGUCUGGACCCAUAGCUGUAGCAUCAAAGAAGAUAACAGCACCAACAAUAUUCUUGUCUUUGGGUUUAGAGGAAAAAUGUGUCUUGAUGAAACUGAAACCAACUUUACGUUCAGUUAAAUCAGGUGACACACCCAUUGAAAGGAUACCAAAACCAAAAGAAAGAGGUCACAGUGGUGGUGAGGUAAGGAAGAGAAGAGGCAGUGAAAAAAAUGCAGAAGAAGGUAUGACAGAAAGAGAUGACACAAAAGAAGAAAAACCAAAGAAGAAAUAUGUUAAUACAACACUACGUGGGACCAAAUAUUUUUCAUUUGAUUCAGAGAAAGUCUCUGUAACAGAGACUGUAUUCAAAAAGAAGAAAGAUGAUGAGGCCUAUCAGAAAUGCUGUCGUUUAUCUUUAGACCACAAAGUGCUUGUGACAGGUGGUACAGAUGGACACCUGCGAGUAUGGGGUCUCCCAGAUAUGAACAGACUAAAGGACAUUAAAGGACAUGAUGAUGCAGUUGAUGAUGUUGACAUUAAACCAAUUGUGUCAGUUUGUAAGCCAACCAGGGAGUGUUGUGUGUGGAAUGUCCGAGAGGGGAAGAAAUUCAUACAAGUAGCUCUACAGACAAAUGGUGUAAAGUACAAAUGUUUCAGAGCAAGAUAUGGUGUGGUAGAGGGCGAUCCCACAAAAAGUAAGUUGUUCACAAUAAGCAACCCUAUUGUUGGAACAAAGAAUCCAGCUAUAGUUGCCAAGUGGUGUGGUCAGACAUAUGCACAAGAGAAGUCACAGCAGCUGGCAGGGUCACUAGGAAGUCUAGCAUUGAGUGAUGAUGGUCGUUACUUGGCCACUGGAACUAUGGGUGGAAAUGUAUAUAUUUUAAUAGCUUUUAGUUUACAACAAUUACGAGAAAUUGAAGCCCACAGAACUUUUGUAACUGGCUUAGAAUGGUUGCCAACAAAUAGCCAUGAGUCUCAGAUGGUGCGAGGGUUCUCUGAUGCUUCAGUUUUAUCAAUAUCAUGUGACAACACGUUGAAAAUUCACCACAUUCCCAGAAGAGGUAUGGUUCCUGUGUGGGUGGCGGCAAUACUGGCAGCAUUAGUACUUUUUGGUGCAUUCUUAUUAGCAAGUUUCCUGGGUCUUUGAAUCAUCUUUUCCAUGCAGUCACUUCAUCACCAUUGCAUGAAAGUUGAUACAAUUAUGAAGCAAUGUAAGUUAAAAGCUCAUGAAAUUUACAGUACAACUUUUAAAAUAUAUAUCAUAAAUAAUGAAGAAAGUUAACUGUGCUCUUAAUUGAUAAUUAUAUUUAGAUGGCUACAAUUACAAUACACUCCCUUGCAUAUAUAUAUAUAUAUAUA